GGCUGUCGUCAAUGUGGCUGAGAUUUUGUUUUCGUUAACAGUUCGGCUUCGUUGCUCUUAGUGAUAUUCGUACAAUCGUUUGAAUUUCCGCGCACAAUGAAUGCUAAGAGAUAAACGUUGUUUAAACGUGUUGUUGUGAAAAUAAAUUUAAUAUUUCACCGUCGGAGAACAAGUGUAAAGUAUAAUACACAACCAAUAAAACAAGUGGGUGUCUUUGUUGUCAAUAAAAUGCAUUAUCAAUCGAAAUAAGCAAAGCAGUGAUAUAUAAGAUAAAAUUUAAUAUCUCUAAAUUAUGCCAAGACCUCCGAGGGAAUCAUAUGGCGACCAAAAGCCCCCAUAUUCAUAUAUUUCCUUAACGGCUAUGGCAAUUUGGAAUUCGCCUGAAAAAAUGUUACCUCUGAGUGAUAUUUACAAAUUUAUAAUUGAUCGUUUUCCUUACUAUCGAAAAAACACACAACGCUGGCAAAAUUCAUUACGGCAUAACCUCAGUUUUAAUGAUUGCUUUAUAAAGGUUCCUCGAAGACCAGAACGGCCAGGCAAAGGUGCUUACUGGGCCCUUCAUCCACAAGCAAUUGACAUGUUUGAAAAUGGUAGCUUACUGCGGCGUCGGAAACGCUUUAAAUUACACAAACACGAUAAAGAUUAUUUGAAAGAGGAACUAGCUACAUGGGCGAAUCUUAAUCGUUUCUUUUUCACGCCACAAAAUACGUCAACACCAGCAGAAUUAUCAUUAAUAAAUGACUCUUCGCUAUAUUUAACGAAUGUAGCAAAUAUAUCUAAAUUAACUCAAUGUUCUAGCGAAAGCACGCAUCCUAUCACAAAUUUUGCGUCAACUGCUAUAUCAUUAGGAUAUCCACAAGUAUCAAUGUCAACAGAUAGUGAUACAACAUUAUCGAAUAUGUUACAUCGUUCCCAAGUAAUAUCACCAAUCAUGGAUGGAUCAACCAUUAUUAACAGAUCUCGGCAAAAACGUUCUUUUACUAUUGAAAGUCUAAUAACGCCCGAUAAACUUGAUUCAAUGUCCGUAAAAGGCAUUAACAUUGACGAUAAAUCGUUUACUGAAAGACUGGAAACAGAAACCCUCAAGCAUAAUAGUCGGACCUUACACAGCUCUAUACUAAGUGCUGAAAUGAACCAUCAACCCCUUCCUCCAUUGCACACGAUUACUGGAAGUACCCACAUGCCCUUUCUGCACUAUAAUAGGUCGGGAGCUAACUGUAUCAAUUUGGAUCCAUGCUUAAAUUCUACAACAGUUUACGAUAUUCCGCUGCACCCAAUACUAAUGAUGAAAUCUCCGCUUGGAAAUUUACAACCGUUAUAUUUUGCCAAUGUUGAUAUGCCAACAGACCAACAUACGUCAACUAAUUCUCGACAAAGUUCCAGCCUGCGAACUGUAUGACAUCAUUAGUUAUAAUCUUCUAUUUUUGAAAUAAACUGGAGUCAUCUUCUUUAGUUCCUAAUGGCUGUUAUGCAUAUAUGUAAUGUAUUAUUUUUUAAAAUAAUUUUUUAUAUAUUUCUCUCUGUAUAUAAAAUUUGAUAAUACAAAACCAAUCAUUAAAAAAGCAUGAUGUUAAGAACCAAAUACUCGCCAAUUAAAAUUUAAUUAAAGCAUUUCUAGUCUACCAAAAUAUUAAUUUUGUGGGUAUAUUAAAAGCUGUAAUGUGUCUAAUAUUUAUCAUACCAAAUUCGAAUAUAUUAUUUAAUUUUUGUUUGAAAGAGUAAAAAAUUUUGUAACCAAAAAACUAAUAAUUUAGCCGACGGCAAAUCAAACUAUCAACAUCAAAAGGCGCAAUUAGGAACUACAAUAUUAUUUUAUGGAAAUUGGCAAAAUUGCUGAUUAUUUUACAUUUUAGAGUAUUAAUGCGGAUUUCAAAAAUCGAAUUUUGAAAAAUCUCAGAAAAAACUUGUGUAAAAUGAUGUACAACAUGCAAAUAUAUUCUCGUCAAUUCAAAUAAUAAAUAAUAUUAAAUGAUUGCUGAUUAAAUGUUUGCUAAUCUUUUUAAAGCAGAAUAAGAAGAGUAUCUGUAUGUGGAGGAGCACAAUGUAACACAUUUACUAUCUUUCAUUAAGACUUAUUUUAUAAAGUUAGAAACAAAUUACAUCCUUUUUAAAGUACAUAUUUUAAAUAUAUAAGUGAAUAUUUAGAGGUUAUUUACCGUUUUGUCAACUUUGUCCUUAUUAUUUAUUUAUUUUUGAUAACAAUACAUCAUUAUUCUUGCUGAAUUCAAAUAUCCAGUGUUAUUGGAAACGUUUAUCUUAAUUUAGCAGCUUUUAAAUUAAAUUUUUUUAUUUAUAUUAA